AUGUCGAUACCAAACAUCUUUCUCUAUUUCAUGGGAUCGGUCUACUCUCCAAUGUACUCAUAUACCAACUUGUUCACAAACUUACUUCCUGGUGUUUUAGUCUACUUUGUAUAUUUAAUAACAUUCACACCAUUGCCCUCUUAUUUUGUGACACUUCAAAUCGACUGGCGCAAGCGCUGGCCUUUCAUUUUAUGUUCGCUCUUCAUUGGGCAGUUAUUAGUAGUUUUAGGAUUUGUGUUAUAUUACAUUUGUUAUCCAUCAGACGUGAGUUGGUCGAUGGACAAAGAAGUUCUGCAAUACAAAAUAGAACUUUCAGACAACCGUUCUGAUUCCGAAAUUAAAUUCCAAAUAGUUUACAACUCCUUUCUAACUGUCGUUGGCGCACCUCUGACUUAUUUUGGGAUGGUCUUUCUCUGUGAAUUGGGACUUAGAGGGUAUUUGCUUAUAUCCAUCGCGUCACACGUACAUCCAGCAGUCGCAAAUAUCAUAACAUCUUUUAUACAAAUUGCUGUGUAUGCGGUGUAUGAUGGACUGAGUAUUAAUAACUAUUAUUCAUAUCAGUACAUCUUUGCAAGUGCUUUUAUGAGGUUCUCUCAGGCACUUUUACUUGGAGAUGUGAUGAUCAAAAGUGGAAACGUGUUUGCACCAGCUUUCGUCUCUGCUGCAUUUAUUAAAUGCAGUUCACUAUUUAGUGUGUUUUUGAGUCCUUACGCAUAUUUAAACAAUAUAUUACUCGGACCAACAGAGAGUGGUGUCUUGAAUAACUUACCAAUGUUCUUGCUCGCAAAUGUUUUGAACAUUUUUAAUAAUUUUGGUGAUGUGGACGAAAUUACCAAAAAUAGAGAUGCAGAGGAAAAUGGUUAUAAAGAAAUUAGAAGUGAGUUUAAUACAAAAAAUGAUGAAAAUAAGCCAUUGACUAUUAAUUAA